AUGAGCUACGAAUGCAAGAAGCCGCUAACAGACGCUGAAAUACUAACGGAACUGAGAAAAAUAGAAAAUGAAAGUUCAGGUGAAGAAUUUGAGUUUUCCGACAGCGAUCAGGACAAUGAAACAACAUUUGCUUCCCCCGGAAGUCAGUCAAAAACUGACACUGGGCAACCUACUGAAGAAAAGGAAACAGCGAAAGAUGGGACCGAGUGGAAAAUUGUAGCAGUGGGUUCCAAUGCAGGUCGUCUACAAAGUCAUAACAUUUUGCGGGAGAGCUCAGGACCAUCAUAUGCUAAAAGAAAAAUUGAAAGUGGGAAACUUCUUAGUGCUUGGCGGUUAAUUUUCAGUGCUUCCAUGAUGCGCCACAUCAAGCACUGUACUUAA